CACAGCUGUUCACUCCGCAUUCUCCACAUGUAGCAGUAUCUUCAAGCACUGACGUGUACCUGUAAAAUCGCCGGAUCUUCGCACUGACGUGUUGAUAAAGUUGUGUGUGGAUGAGGGAGGCAAUUUGAUUAAAACAUUGCACCAGUCUGCAAACAACAAACACGUUGAGCUGUUUACCUAGCAUCCGAAUUGAAGAUGAAGCUUCUUGCUUUACUCUUCAUCCUUCUUGGCAUCAACUAUGCCAAUUCUCUAGCAGUCCUCUCAAUUGACAUUGGUACAGAAUGGAUGAAGGUUGGCAUAGUAUCCCCUGGGGUUCCAAUGGAGAUUGCGCUCAAUAAAGAAUCAAAACGGAAAACUCCCGCAGUCCUCAGCUUCCGCGAUGACGUGCGCUCAUUUGGCGAAGACGCACAAACCGUCGGGAUUCGUUUCCCUGCAAAUGCGUACAUUUAUCUUCUUGAUUUGUUGGGUAAAGAUAUCAAUCAUCCAUUAGUCAAACUCUACCAAAAGCGAUUCCCUUACUACAAUAUCGUCGAAGAUAAAGAAAGAAAUUCAAUUCUUUUCAAGCACGACGAAAACACAUUCUACAGUCCACAGGAAUUAAUUGCGCAAUUGUUGCACAAAGGUAAAGAAUUCGCCGAGGUAAAUGCGCGUCAACCUAUUAAAGAAGGUGUUAUUACCGUACCUGGUUAUUUCAAUCAAGCUGAAAGGAAAGCUUUGUUGGAAGCUGCUCAGCUAGCUGACAUCAAAGUUUUACAACUUAUUAAUGAUUACAUGGCAGUUGCUCUCAAUUAUGGUAUAUUUAGAACUAAAGAAUUCAAUGAGACCGCGCAAUAUAUAAUGUUUUACGAUAUGGGCGCUACCUCCACGACUGCGACAGUAGUAAGCAUGCAGAAUAUCAAAACAAAAGAACGUGGAUAUGUUGAAACACAUCCACAGAUUUCAAUUAUUGGCGUCGGUAUUGACAGGACUUUAGGUGGUUUAGAGAUGCAAAUUAGGCUCAGGGAUCAUUUGGGAAAGAAGUUUAAUGAGAUGAAAAAGACUCCGAACGAUGUCUUUAAAAAUCCACGUGCGAUGGCAAAACUUUUCAAAGAAGCUGGACGUGUUAAGAAUGUUCUCUCGGCUAACACUGAAAUCAACGCACAAAUCGAAGGACUUUUAGAUGAAAAAGACUUCAAGACACCUGUUACUCGAGAAGAGUUUGAGAAUAUGAAUGCUGAUGUGUUUGAGCGAGUUGCUGCGCCUGUUGAGCAAGCCUUAAAAAGUGCUGGUUUAACAAUGGAUAUUAUUAAUUAUGUUGUGCUCGUUGGUGCUGGCACGCGAGUACCGAAAGUUCAGGAAAAAUUGCAGCAGGUGGUCAAGAUGGAUCUAGCAAAGAACUUGAACACUGAUGAAGCGGCUGCAGUUGGCGCUGUUUACAAAGCUGCUGAUUUAAGUACAGGUUUCCAGGUGAAGAAGUUUAUCACUAAGGAUGCUGUGCUAUUCCCGGUACAGGUUGCGUUUGCGCGUGAAACUGAAGAUGCAACGAAACACGUGAAGAGGAUGUUAUUCGGAGCGAUGAAUCAUUUCCCACAGAAGAAGGUGAUCACAUUCAAUAAACAUACUGAUGAUUUUUCGAUUAAUUUGAAUUAUGCUGAGCUAGAUUACUUGCCAGCAAAUGAAAUUGAAUAUUUGGGUAGUCAUAAUUUGAGUACGAUUGACAUUAAGGGUGUUGCUGACGCACUGAAUAAGAAUACCGGUGAAAAUUCGGAGAGUAAGGGAAUCAAAGCGCAUUUCACUAUGGAUGAAAGUGGUAUCUUGGGUUUAGCGAAUGUGGAGUUUGUGUUUGAAAAGAAAGUACAACCUGAGGCUGAGGAAGAAGGCGCGUUCUCGAAGUUAGGAAGUACAAUUAGUAAGCUAUUCAGCGCAACUGAAGACGAAAAACCUGUUAAAGAAGAACCAGAGGAACCUGCACAGGAAGCAAGUGCGGAAAAUAAAACUGAGGAAGCAACAAAAACCAAUGACACAAAGAAAGAAGAUGGUAAAGCAAAGGAUAAGGAGUCAAAGGGCAAAGAUAAAGAAAAGGACAAAGACGCCAAAGAGAAAGAAAAAGAUGUCAAACCUAAACUUGUUACUGUGAAAGAGCCCCUCAACGCAAUUGAAACUACUUUAACUUACGGUAAAUUGACUAAGGAACAAUAUAAAAGUAGCACUGAAAAAUUGAAGAAACUUAACAAAAUCGAGUAUGAAAUGAACCGUCGUGCUUCAACCUUAAACAACCUCGAAAGUUAUGUUAUUGACAUGCAAACUAAACUCUCAGAAGAUGAAUAUUCGGAGGCAGCUACUGCCGAAGAAACUAAAAAGAUCCUUGAUGCUUGCUCUGAAGUUUCUGAUUGGUUAUAUGAGGAUGGUAUGGAUGCUGAUGCAGACACCUACGAAGCUAAAUUAGAUAAUAUUAAAUCAAUCACAAACGACAUGAUGACCCGUGUAUUUGAGCACAAAGAACGUCCCGAAGCACUUAAUGCUCUCAAUUCUAUGCUCAACAGUUCUCGCCACUUCCUAGACAACGCAAAGAACUUGACAAAAACGUCAAAUCCAGAGAAAGAUGUUUUCACAGACAUUGAAAUUGAAGCGUUGGAGAAACUGAUCUUAGAAACCGAGGAAUGGAGGGAUAAAAAAAUUGAAGAACAAAAUAAAUUGAAAAAGUAUGAGACUGUGAAGCUCACUGUCAAGUCUCUUGUAGAUCAUAUGCAGGCGUUAGAUAGGGAAAUGAAAUAUUUAGUUAACAAAUUGAAGAUUUGGCGUCCGCGCAAGCCUGUCGAAGAGAAGAAAGAUGAAAAUAAAACAACUGAAGAAGAUAAAACUAAAAAUGAAAAGGCAGAAGAGAAAGUAGAAGAAGAAAAAGAAGAAGAAAUCAAAAUGGAGCCAGAAAAUCAAGAGGAGGCACCAGAAAAAAUAUUAGAAUUAGGUGAAGCAGCCGAAGGUAGUGAUGAGAAAGUAGAACCGACCAAGGCGAAGGAUGAUGAUCAUUCAGAGUUAUAAUUUAGGAUUGUAGGGUAUUUAGUUCAAUUAUCAAUGAAAUUUCAAUUUCACUGAAGCCAUCAGAGAUUUACAUUAUCAGGGCGAAAACUAUUCAAUUGGUUUUUGUUUUGUGAAAAAGACUUAAACAGAGGUUAAUAUAAACGAAAAGAAAGUAAGAGAAUUCAACUACCGGGCGAUUUCAGACUGCUCUAAAUUCAGUGGGUGUGGGGAGCCAUCAUUUUGCAUGUAUGUACUUCUUUUUUCGACGACAAGCAACCACUUAAACUGACGAAACUAUUUAUGCACAUUGCGAUUGAUUAUACAAUUCUGGAUUGAAGCAGUGGCGUUUGUGAUAACUUCUUCGAUGUUAACAUGUUAAUGCUGUUCAGAUGUGUGAAUGAGAGUUAUACACCGAGUUAAUUUAAAAUAAUUGGAUGUACCGUCAAGAUUAAUUAUUAGUUUCUAUGUCUUGUGAGUUAAAAUUAAUGAAAUUGUUUGAUUAAAAUGCUUGCAAUCACUUAACUACGAUUUGUGUAUGGUACAUCGUAACAUUUCUUGGGGUUUGUUGUUAAUUUAAUGUCUUAAUGUCAACUGUGCUCACGUGUGUCAGUCUUUUUCUAGUUUAAUUUAUUGAACAUACAAAAUGCCAAGCCCAAACCAUUGUAAACGCAAUAUUUGAAAUCAUCAUGACUACAUUCCAGCGACUUCUUUAAUUUGUAAAGGAAAAAUCAAUACACAUUGAAAAAAUUGUUAAAUGAAGAAA